CCUGCUGGGCAGACCGCGGGAGGACCCUCUGGGGGCUUCUUUGUGAGGCCGGUCAGGGCAGAAGAGUGUCAGGAGGAGAUUUUUGUGGUUCUUCUGCGCUGAGGGGCCUUUCCUUGUGGCUUUUUGGUUUCUAACUAGUUUAAUGCGUCUGCUGCUAAUUUGAAAAGGAAAUGGAUGCAGAUACUUCUGUUGAUGUAUUCUCAAAAGCUCUGGAGGCUCAGAUGCUUCAGACAGCCAAGAUUGUAGAAGAACAACUUGAUGCUGAAAUGCAGAAAUUGGACCAGAUGGAUGAAGAUGAACUGGAACUUCUCAAACAAAGAAGGCUUGAAGCACUCAAGAAAGCCCAGCAACAAAAACAAGAAUGGCUUUCAAAAGGACAUGGGGAAUACCGAGAAAUCCCCAGUGAGCGAGAAUUUUUUCAAGAAGUGAAAGGGAGCAAGAAUGUGGUCUGUCAUUUUUAUAGAGAUUCAACCUUCAGAUGCUUAAUAUUAGAUAAGCAUUUAACAAUACUUGCAAAAAAGCAUAUUGAGACGAAGUUUAUCAAGUUAAAUGCUGAAAAAUCACCAUUUCUUUGUGAGAGACUUCACAUCAAGAUAAUUCCCACAUUAGCACUAGUAAAAGAUGGAAAAACUCAAGAUUAUGUGGUUGGUUUUACUGAUCUUGGUAACACAGAUGAGUUCACCACAGAGACUUUAGAAUGGAGAUUAGGCUGCGCAGAUAUCAUCAACUACAGUGGCAACCUAAUGGAACCACCUUUCCAAAGCCAAAAGAAGUUUGGAACAUCUUUCACAAAGUUGGAUAAGAAAACGAUCAGAGGGAAGAAAUAUGAUUCAGAUUCUGAUGAUGAUUAGAAGUCAUGAUACAGAUAUUUGUAAACCAUUUUUCUUUUAAGUUUGAUACAUUUUUAGGAAUGUUUUUAUACAGCUGUUUGCUUUCAGAACAUUUGCACAUGACACUCAUUUUCUAACAGUUUUAUACAGCUCAUGAAAUAAAAUCUUAAAUAUUUCUUCCACUUAGGAAAUAAUUUCUUAGUCAAGAAAUCUGAACCCUUUUGAACUCUGUAAUAUGAGAGAUGACUUUCAGCAUUUUGUUUAUUUAAAAGUAGCUCUUUUAAAUUGCAUCUUAAACUUUAUACCAUUUACCAUUAAGGUAUUAAUGAAGGACUUCUGUCAAGAAUUGUUAUUUAAACUAUUCUUGAAGUAGUGCAUUAAUAAAAACUGUUGCUUGUCUAAUAA